ACCGCCGUCCGUUUAUAUACUUGUCUCUCCGCCGCGGCGGCUGGUCCCUUACGUUGCUUUUGUCGCCGCUGAAUUACCGUCUCUGUCGUCGUUCCUCACUUCAUUCAUUGAUCAGUCAAAUAUGUGAAUUCCAUUACAAAGUCGUGUAUUAUCAGAGUCUCAAGAGAGGAAUACCAAAAAGUUUGGUCUGCAAUUACCAUGCUCUUGUCUGCGAAGUCCAGUGCACGGUCUCGUCAUUAAGAGUUGGGUAAUAAUAAGGAAGAGAGAAUGAGAGGUAGAGAGAGAGGGGGAGCGGACAGACCCAGAGCACGCGAGGGGCGGAAGGCACAGAACUGGGAGCUAUCCAGAAACCAGAGAGGGAAUCGACAUGGGCAAAGUAAUGGAUACUCAGGCAGAAGAUCAGGAAAGAGUCAGGAAGUGUGGGGGUAUGACAAAAGGGUGUAUAACCAGGCUACUGUGUUCUUCUUUACAAACUUUCCAGAUGAAUGGAGUUACGAAAGCAUGUGGCAGACCUUUCUCAAACAUGGUAGAGUCCUGGAUAUCUAUAGCCCGCUGAGGAAAUCCAAAUCAGGGAGUAGAUUUGGGUUUGUAAGAUUCUUAGAUGUGAAGAAUGUAGGGGCUCUAGAACAUCAACUGGACCAAAUUAGAGUAGGGAAGACCAAGCUGUGGGUUAAUAGGCCAAGAUUCAGAGAAGCAGAGGAGAGGAAUAGAGAAGAUAGAAAGCCAACACAACCGGCAGCAGAGGUAGAAAUUGAUAAGCAUAAGCAGCGAGAUAGAGAUAUGCCAAAAAGGCCAACACAAGUAUGGAAAAUGAGGAAUAAUGAACGUGUUAACGCUGGCCUAGAGUUUAGGGUGAAGGAGGAAGAACUCACAUGGCUUGAAGGCUGUUAUGUUGGAACUACCUAUUCAGUGGAGAUCAUUCCGACACUACAGGAGAAAUUUUUCAUGGAAGGAUAUUUCUCAUGUAAGGUAAGACCAAUGGGGGGAAGACUAGUCUUACUAGAAGGAGGUGAUAAGGAGGAGAUGAAGGACUUGGUGGAACUAGCACCGGAAUGGCUGGGGCAAUGGUUUGAGGAUAUAAAACCAUGGAACCCAACAUUGGUUGCAAGAGAAAGGUUUGUUUGGCUAAGAUGCCAAGGCGUCCCAGCCCAUGCUUGGGGACCUGAAUUCUUUGCCACAAUCGGGAAUGUAUGGGGGAAAUUUAUAUCCACUGACGAAAGCACCAGCAAGAAGAAAAGAUUUGAUAUUGGGAGAAUUCUGAUAUCCACCCCUGUUAUGGAGUUCAUUUCAAAAUCAAUGAACAUAAGGGUGAAUGACAUGCCAUUUGUGAUCAAAGUUAUGGAGGAAGAGGCAACUAAUGGCAUCUUUUCCAUGUCAUCUGACCAUGUGUUCAAAGAGUUAACUGAUGCAGAAGACAGUAGUUCAGAAACGUGGUCCAUGUACAGUGACAUCGCUGGUGCCGGUGACGAGUCUGUUCAAGAAGGCGGCUGCUCCAAGUACUCCUCCAAAUGUGCAGAUGGGAAGGAGGAAGAUGAUGACAAGGAAAGAAGUGCCAACGUGGAGAGCAAGAACGAAAUGGUUGAUGACGUGGAACCGGAGAAUGGGCGAGAGCGUGAUAGUAGACGACUUGACAGUCAAGAGAAGAACGUAACGGCUAGACAAAAGAGUUUUGAAUUUGAAAAUGUGGAGAACAGCUUGAUGAGUGAUGAAGAAGCCUUCAAAAAAUCAGAUAAUAAAUGUAAGGCUGUAGGCAUCGGGAAUACUCAAGAACUUCUUAUCAAUACACAAGGGGAGACGGCGGAGGAGGUUGGCUAUGUCCCCGAUAGCCUGUGUGAGCAUUUAAUGCAGUGCCAGGAUCAUGAUUUAAAAAGAGGGAAGGGAGAUUUAAGCGGGCCAAUCAAUCCAAGCCCAACCAAAAAGCAAAGAGGCGAUAGGGAUCUUGGGCCUGACCAUCAAGCAGGUCUGGAGGAUGGAGAUAUUUGGGCCACAAACUGGGGUCCGGGAGCAGCAAAAAAGAAGAAAGUUGAUAAAGGUAAAGACACAGAAGUGGAGAGAGGAAAGUCAGUAGAUACGUGUGACAAGGAAGGGGAGGAACAGAGAGGUGAUGGAAGCUCCGUUGGAAUGGAAACGCACAGUGAGGAUCAAUCUUUUUGGCAAGGGUUUGAAAGCGAAUCUGGGCAAGUGAAAGCUUGGAUGGGUAGAUCAGAGAGGAAAUUGAAAAAGCAGAGGAAAAAGAGGAUCCGAUCAUGCUCUUACGUAUAUCAGAAAUCCAGGAGAGGGGAGUGCCCAGGGAUGGAGACGGAACAGAGCAGAUCAAGAAAAGCCAGAGAAAUAGAGUUCAGGAUGCCGAAGUUCAACCCAGAUUCACAGGACAAGGCAGCAGUGGAUUCAAUCACAGACAGCGGCAUUGAAAAUAGAAAUAAAUGCUUGCGAGAUGAGUCAAAAAGUGGCACAGGAAAGCAGAUCUGGGGGUUUGCAAAGAUAAUUGGAGCGGUGGAUCGAGGUAAUGAGGAGGAGGUAUUGCGAAGACUAGAAGCAAUGGAGGAACGGGACAGGGAGUCAGGAGUAGGAAGGGAAGGAAAGAAAAGAGGGGUGAGCGAAUUAGUUGCUCGGGAGAAGGUAGAGUUCUUAUCAGUACAAGAAACCAAGGCAGAGGUCGUUGAUAAUCAACUAUGCAGAGCUCUAUGGGGAUCGGACAACUUUGAUUGGGUUGCUCAACCCUCAAAAGGUAUGGCUGGGGGAUUGAUUUGUAUGUGGAAUCCUGAUUUAUUGAAGAAGGAUAGAAUUAUAGAAGGGGAUAACUUCAUUAGGAUUUUUGGAUUUUGGGGGGUGUCUAAUAUUCCGGUGUAUAUUAUAAAUAUCUAUUCCCCGUGUGAUUUGGCUGGUAAAAGAGCUCUAUGGGGUGCACUCAAAAAUAUUAUUCUUGAGAAUGGGGGGAAUUGGUGUUUAAUGGGAGACUUCAACGCAGUGAGAAAUGAACAGGAAUGGCGAGGAGGGAGUAACAGAAGAGAUAUGACGGAGUUUGACCUGUUUAUAAGGGACUGUGGCUUAGUGGACCUACCAUUAAUUGGUAGGAAAUUUACUUGGUACCAAGCCAAUGGAGCAGCGAUGAGUAGAUUGGAUAGAUUCUUGCUAUCAGAAGAAUGGUGCUUGAACUGGGAGCAUAUUAAACAAUGGGGUUUGAACUGUUCAUACUCUGAUCACUGCCCAAUUGUGUUAAAAAACCAGAUAAUUGAUUGGGGUCCAAAACCCUUUCGAUUCUUCGACGCAUGGCUGGAAACCCCUAAGUUUAAGGAGAUGGUGAGUGAAGUAUGGAAGUCAAAAAUGGUGAGCGGGUGGAAUGGGUUCCGUCUGAAGGAGAAAUUGAAAGAAACAAAGAAGGUGUUGAAAGCCUGGAGUAGGAACAUGGCAGCAGAGAUUGACAUGAGCAUUCAAAGGAGCAUCGAUCAUAUUGCUUCCAUUGACAAAAAAGGCGAGGUGAUGCCACUGCCUAUAGAAGACAUUGAGCUGAGAAGGAAUAAUUUUCUGGAAUUAUGGAAUAAUCAGAAGAUAAAGGAAAGCAUAUGGCGUCAAAAAGCUAGGAAGACUUGGCUGAGUGAAGGGGACGCUAAUACAAAAUUUUUCCACAAAUGUGUGAAAGGACGAAGAAGGAGGAAUGACAUAGUGAGUAUUAUGGUGGGCAGUGAGCGGUUGGAGGAAGUAAAGGAACUUAAAGAAGGUGUGGCAAGGCACUUCGAAAGCUUGUUCCAAGAGGAAGAGUGGCAGUGCCCAGUGCUAGAUGGAAUUGAAUUUAAGAAGAUUUCAACAGAGGAGGGGUCUAUGUUGGAAGCACCGUUUAAGGAGGAAGAGGUUAAACAAGCAGUGUGGAGUUGUGAGAGCUCAAAGGCACCGGGGCCUGAUGGGUUUAAUUUCAGGUUCAUCAAGGAAAUGUGGGAAGUAAUCAAAGGGGAUAUACUGGGGUUUGUUGACGAUUUCCAAAAGCAUGGAAAACUGGUUAAGGGGGUAAACAGCAGCUUCAUUGUAUUAAUACCCAAAGUCGACAACCCACAAAAAAUAGAAGAAUUUAGACCCAUCUCACUGGUUGGGGUCAUGUAUAAAAUAAUUGCCAAACUGCUAGCACAUAGGCUGUCCUCGGUUUUAAAUGGAGUGAUCGGGGAAAAUCAGAUGGCUUUCAUCGGAGGAAGGCAACUUGCGGAUAGUGUGGUUAUUGCAAAUGAGACUAUAGAUGAGGCUCAUAAAAGGAAACAAGUAGGAGGGUGGAUGACUGAAUGCUUGACGACAGCUGAGGUAUCGGUGUUACUUAACGGGAGCACCACUAGACAGUUCAGGAUGCAAAGAGGGCUCAGACAAGGAGACCCAUUAUCCCCCUUUCUAUUCCUAAUAGUUGCGGAUGGUCUUAAUGGCAUUAUCAAAUCAGCAAUUUCACAUGGAAUGUUUGAGGGGAUUUCAGUUGGUCAAAAUGGCAUGAAAGUAUCUCAUCUACAGUUUGCGGAUGAUACGAUUGUAUUUGGGAAAGCCUCAGAAGAAAACAUGUGGGCUGCAAAAUGUAUUAUGAGGAUUUUCGAGAUUGUCUCGGGGCUGAAGAUUAAUUUCGGAAAAAGCUUGCUCAUGGGCAUAAAUGUCUCAAAUGAUUGGAUGAAGAAGAUGUCGAUUAUAAUGAAUUGCAAGCAAGGAGUUUUGCCUUGUAAAUAUUUGGGGAUGCCGAUUGGGGGUAGAUCUAGAAGCAUUGCGUUGUGGAAACCCAUCAUUGAUUCUUUUAAGAAGAAACUUGCAGGCUGGAAAUCCAGGUUCAUAUCUCUUGGCGGAAGGAUCACGCUCCUUAAUUCCGUGCUGUCUAGUCUCUCGGUGUUCAUCAUGUCUGUCCACCUGUUACCUAAAGGUUUGAUUCUUUCACUUGAUAAAAUUCGUAGAAGUUUUCUUUGGGGGGGUAGAGAGGGUAGCAAGAAGAUUAAUUGGGUGUGUUGGGAGAAUGUGUGUAGGAACAAAAUGGAGGGUGGCUUAGGUGUAAAGGACCUUAGAAGAUUUAAUUUAGCACUGCUAGGAAAGUGGUGGAGUAGGUUGGCUGGGGGCGAGGAAGGAUUUUUGUACAAGGUCAUUAGAGAAAAAUAUGGAAAUGGAGGGGGUAACUGGAUUAGUUGGAUUGAGAAAAGGUGCAAGAGGGGGUCCUUAUGGUGGAGGGACGUUUGUCAUCUUGAUAAUUUGUAUCAUAGUAAGGUUGGAUGGCUUUCGAAUGGCUAUAGACUAAAAUUAGGGGAUGGUAAAUUGGUUAGCUUCUGGAAGGAUGUGUGGAUAGGGGAUAGGCCCUUGGCUGAUAAAUUUCCAAGAUUAUUUCUUAAUUCCAUAGGCAAAACCAAGAGCAUUUUCCAAAUGGGGCAAUGGACCAACGGAAGAUGGACUUGGUCAUUACAAUGGAGAAGAUCCACAUUUUCUUGGGAGGAAGAAUCACUAUCGGAGCUGUGGGGUCUUUUGGAGGCAAACCAACCAACUAUGGGAUGGGAAGAUCACUGGGAGUGGAGGCAUGAUGAUGAUAAAGGCAUGUACUUAGCAAAAUCUGGAUAUCAAGUCCUCUCAAGUAAUCAAAACGCAAGCAGGAACGACAUACACGAAAGAGUUUGGUGCAAAAUUAUUCCUACAAAAAUUUGCGCCUUCGUGUGGAAAGUCCUACAAAACAGAAUCCCUUCAAAGUUGAAUCUGCUCAAAAGAGGUAUCAUCUCAGAUCCUACCCUUGCUACAUGUAGUUUAUGCAAAGAGAGUAUGGAGGAUAUAAAUCAUUUGUUUCUGCAUUGUAAAAUUGCAUCUGUAGUAUGGUCUAAAUGUUUUCAAUGGUGGAGGAUUACGUGGGUAGAAGCGGAUAAUUGUUUGGCAUCAUUCGAACAACACUUGGCUUGCUUUAAUGAUGUAAAAACUAAGAUAGGAUGGGAUGUAGUAUGGUUUGCAAUUAUCUGGUCCUUAUGGAUGGCUAGGAAUGAGAAGUCCUUCAAAAAUCAUGACCAGGAUGCAAGUAGAAUUUUUGAACUUGUGCCAUUGAGGACAUUCCAAUGGAUUAAAAGUAGAUCACCUGGGUACUCAUUUGAUAUUUGCCAUUGGAUCCUAGACCCCGUGGAAUGCUUGAAGGACAAACGGAAGAAAUAACUACCUUGUGCGGAUAUGGGUGGUGGAGUGACGUGAGUGAGCUCAUUGAAUAUCUCUGUGUUUUAUCUCGUUCCAGUUUUUGUUUUAAUGUAGCUGGAAUAGAUAGCGUUUUGUAAC